UUUCGUCUCCCUCGACUAAAAAAAAAAAGAACGCCGCUCGUCUCUUCAGAGAGUGUUCCACUUUCCAGGAUUUGCUCAAGAGAAAAAAAAAUGAGUAGAGGAAGUGCAGCCGUUGCCAAGGGAAAGAAGAAGGGAGUUUCCUUCUCCAUUGAUUGCUCCAAGCCUGUCGAUGACAAGAUCAUGGAGAUUGCUUCCCUCGAGAAGUUCCUUCAGGAGAGGAUCAAAGUCGGUGGCAAAGCCGGUGCACUCGGUGAUUCCGUCACUAUCACCCGUGAGAAGAACAAGAUCACCGUCACUUCCGAUGGUCAAUUCUCCAAGAGGUAUCUCAAGUACUUGACGAAGAAGUACUUGAAGAAGCACAACGUGAGGGAUUGGCUCAGAGUGAUUGCUGCCAACAAGGACCGUAACCUCUACGAGUUGAGGUACUUCAACAUCGCUGAGAACGAGGGAGAGGAAGAAGACUAGAAGAGUUAUUACAUCUGUUUCCGGUUUUUGUUUUGUGUUCGUUGUUGCUCAAUACUAUUUAUCAUCUUCUUUAUCGACACCUUAUUUUAGUUUUGUUGAAUUUACCUCUUGGUUCAGACUAUUGUUUAAGAAAAAUAUUUUGGUAAUGAUUCAAGAAUCUUUUAAUUA